AUGGCUGCAGUUGCAGACGAAGGCUCCUGUUUGGCCGAUUGUGCCCUCCACCUUCUCCUGCGUUUUACUGGCCGCCCCCUUGUGAUGGUCGUUGGUCAAGGCAAGGACCCUCUGCAUGCUCUCCCGGAGAGCGGCGAGUUCAAGCGCGUGGGCGUCGGCUGCAGCAGCCAAAGCAUGCUGGUGGCGAGGGCCCGAUUGUUGGACAUUCGCGUCCGUCCCUGGUUGCUGGUGCUGGGAGGGGCUCUGGCUCUGCGAGCCGUGAUAGGUCGCUGGCUCGAGCUCGAAGCCGCCGCAAGCUGGUGCUUCCGCACUUCGAAGAAGGUUUGUUUGCGUCAUCGCCCCCUCUUUGAAUGCUUCACGCAUGUCGGUGGCAACCAUGUCCCUUCAGCGAGGCCGAACUUACUUGUCGGAUGUAGCGCUAACCGAGAGCAACUUCUCCAGCUCCUCCUCGGCUAUCCUCACAAGCGUCGACUGUUGCGGUUGCUGCCGUUGUACCACCGUUGGAGAGUGGUUAUGCACAGAUCUUCACUGUCGCGGAACUUUCCCGUGUUUGACGAACUGAGCGAGAUCGAACAUCGCAGCGUGCUCGAGGGACUGAAACUUAUCGGGGGCUCGUUCCGUCCUUCUCGUACAUGGCCACAGCGAGGGUGUGAGGUGGACGAUCCUCGUGGGAGAACGGCCUUGGAUGGUCUGGGAAAAGGAUUGGCGAUUGUGGCGGCAAGGAAGUGCAGUGAGGGUAACGGCGGUUACGAGUGCGUGAACGAUGUGGAAGAGGGAAAAAGGGAAGCAGGCGGAGGGGGUGGAUUCCUCCACGGGGUAUAA